UGAAGCCAUGGUUUGGCCCUGGGUUCCGCCUGGGGAGGGUGGCCCUUUGGCGCAGGUGCGGCAAUCGUGGGGCUGGAGAGUUUGAUUCUCCCUUUCUGUUUAUCCGAAGAAAAGGGCGCAGGGAGCCCUGUGAGCCCAGGAGGUAGGAAGCUUGGCCGCCCGAGGGAAAAGCGAGUGGGCCGGCAGCUACGAGGCAGAAGCAAGCUGUGUGCAGGACCCUUAGAAGCCGGUCCGGUUCGGCGCAGCCCUCCAGGCCAUGGUGCAGGCGGAGCUCUGGGCGAUCCCCAGGUGAGGGCAGCGGCUCCGCCCGGGGUUCCCGCCGCGGAGGCACUGGGUAGAUGCGGAGCGGGGAGGAAAGAAUGCAGCCCGGCCAGCUCCCCGGGAGCACCCAGAGCGGCCGCCGUUGCCGCAGCUGCAGCAGAAAGCACAGCGCAGGCCGAGGAGGCGGCUCCUGCUGCUGGUAAAGGCGCCCAACAGCAGUUUCUCUGUAGUAUGCGAGUUGAGAAAACAGCCAAAGAACAGGGCUCCCCAUCAAAACCUCCUUCGAGCCCUUUUUCCUUGCUACUCGGAGCUGAUUUAUGCGGAGACAUGCCUUGCACUUGUACCUGGACGAACUGGAGACAAUGGAUUCGACCCUUAGUGGCGGUCAUCUACCUGGUGGUCAUAAUGGUCGCGGUUCCCCUUUGCGUGUGGGAAUUGCAGAAACUGCAGGUUGGAAUACACACCAAGGCUUGGUUUAUUGCUGGAAUAUUUUUGUUGUUGACUGUACCUAUAUCACUAUGGGGGAUAUUGCAACAUUUAGUGCAUUAUACACAACCUGAACUACAGAAACCAAUAAUAAGGAUUCUUUGGAUGGUACCCAUAUACAGUUUAGAUAGUUGGGUAGCUUUGAAAUAUCCCAGCAUUGCAAUAUAUGUGGAUACCUGCAGAGAAUGUUAUGAAGCUUAUGUCAUUUACAACUUUAUGGGAUUCCUUACCAAUUAUUUAACUAACCGGUAUCCGAAUCUGGUAUUAAUCCUUGAAGCCAAAGAUCAACAGAAACAUUUCCCUCCUUUAUGUUGCUGUCCACCAUGGACUAUGGGAGAAGUCUUGCUGUUUAGGUGCAAACUGGGUGUUUUGCAGUAUACAGUUGUCAGACCAUUCACCACCAUCAUUGCUUUGAUCUUUUAAAUAAACUGACAGCUGCUUGGUGUAUAUGAUGAAGGCAACUUUAGUUUUUCAAAUGCUUGGACUUACUUGGUUAUAAUAAACAAUAUGCUUGGUCUUUUUGCCAUGUACUGUCUGCUGCUGUUUUAUAAAGUACUGAAGGAAGAACUGAGUCCAAUCCAGCCUGUUGGCAAGUUCCUUUGUGUAAAGCUGGUGGUUUUUGUUUCUUUUUGGCAAGCUGUAGUUAUUGCUUUGUUGGUAAAAGUUGGCGUUAUUUCUGAAAAGCACACAUGGGAAUGGCGAACUGUAGAAGCUGUGGCUACAGGCCUCCAGGACUUUAUUAUUUGUAUUGAGAUGUUCCUGGCUGCUAUUGCUCAUCACUACACUUUCUCAUAUAAACCAUAUGUCCAAGAAGCAGAAGAGGGCUCAUGCUUUGACUCCUUUCUUGCUAUGUGGGAUGUUUCAGACAUUAGGGAUGAUAUUUCUGAACAAGUAAGGCAUGUUGGAAGGACAGUCAUGGGACAUCCUAGGAAAAAAUUUUUCCCCGAGGAUCAAGAUCAGAAUGAACAUACAAGCUUGUUAUCAUCAUCAUCACAAGAUGCAAUUUCUGUUGCCUCUUCUGUGCCACCUUCCCCCGUGGGUCACUAUCAAGGGUUUGGACGUACUUUGACUCCCCAGACUACCCCUACUAUAGCUGAUAUAUCUGAUGAAAUAUGUAAUGAUACUACAGAAGAAAGAGAACCUUCAGAUAAACCUUCAGAUAAACCCGUGGUCUCCUGAACAGUGUGUGAACACAAACUGCACUACUGUUACUUCAAUACCUGGUAUCACAUUGCUCAGGAUUUUGUGCUUGGGACAAGCCAUAAAUGAUGGGAAAAUUUCAACACAAAGAUAGGUGGAAGCCAGGUACUACUGGUUUUAUAUAACUAAAUUUUGUAUGUCACAAAUAACCAGUCUAAAUAUCCUAGACUUAAGACUCUUAAGAUUUCUUCACAUUAGAGUAUCGCAUACUCAAAUGGUAGAAAAUGACUAUACUAAAAGUUCUUGAUGUUACAUGCUUUAUCAAGAGGAUGGGCAUAAAAAAAUAAUAAUAAUCAAUGCUUCCUACCACUGCUGCAUGAAAAUAAUGCUCUGGAAUUAGCAGAAAGUAAAAUUCAGAAAUAUGAAUUAGUGGAACGUAAUCAUAAUCAUGUGCCAUAUAUUUCUCAACUGGAUGUCUUUCAAUAAAUAAUAAUUUAUCAUUUA